AUGGUGUCCCACUGCUCGACCAUCGCCGGGCCCAAGUGGGCAGACACGGUCCCACCAGGGUCGGUCGGUGCCGGCCUCGGCCCCGGUGACGCGGCACACCCGAUGGAUAUCGUGCGCGAGCCUCUGCCCCUGGGCGAGCGGAAGCCCCAGCGCCAGUGGUUCACCCCGCUCCCUUAUCCAUCCAAGCUGCUGCCCUAUGAUGUGGAUUCGUGUUCCAGCUUCAGUUCGUCCUAUCCCCCGCGCAACAUUCUGGUCCACCGACCGACCGACCAGUCCUCGCGCUGGUCCUCUGGCACCCCGGCCACGCCUCAGUACAUCACUCUGCGACUGGAUCGCCCGUCGAUCGUGAGCGCCAUCUCCUUCGGCAAGUACCACAAGCCGCAUGUGUGCAACUUGCGCGAGUUCAUCGUGUAUGGCGGACUGACGCCCGACUGCGAGUAUCAGUUGCUGCACGAUGGUCUCAACAAUGACGGCAAUACGGAAACCUUCCCGCUGAUCUAUGACAAGCCGGUCCCGGCGCUCGAGUCGACCAGCGUCAAUUUCCAAGUCAAAACCCUCGGCGCCUCGGGCAGCCAAGACUCCGAGCGCGUCCCUCGAUCGGCCUUCGAUGAUUAUGAGCCCCUCCUGCUGCCGGUCAAGUACAUCAAAAUCGAACCGCUCCAAUCUUUUGGGCCCAAUUACAACUUCAGCAUCUGGCAUGUCAAGCUCCAUGGGAUUGAUCAGCCGGAGGUCAUUGCCCCCGCCCUCGGUGCGCUGCAACGCUACCGCGAGCACAUCGCCAUGCGCCUGUGCCUGAAGUUCCUUCGUGAGCGCAUCCCCUCGGUCAUUGUCAACUCCUUUGGCCGGGCGCGAAGGGACCCAACCCUGGCGGGUCCCCGGGCGCAUGGGGCGGAGGCCGAGCCCUCCGGCCGCCCGGACCUGAUGAACUGCCUGGAGCACCCGCUCAUCGGCCAGCUGUACGAGGCACUGGUCGAGCAGGCGGACUACCAGCGCGCCGAGCAAAUCCUCCAGACAGCCGCCGCGCAGGGGAUCUUCGCCAACAACCAUUCGGACAUUCCCCUGGCCCCGGGGUCCGGGGCCGAUCGGGGCUCCGCCGGGCCCGCAGGAGCCCCCGGUGCGCGUGGCUCGGUGCGUGCUCGUGACGGCACCACCGGCCCGAUGGUGGAUCCCCCCGGGGGCAGGGGCCCGAUCGGCCCCGGGCCCCCGGCGUCCGGGGCCCCCGGCAUGAUGCCCGGCCCGGCGGUGGCCCCGGCGCGUGGAUCCACCUACGGAACCACCGCCUCGCGUGGGUCGACCCUGGCUGGGGUCCGGUCCGGCUCGGUGUCGCUGUCCAAUUCCACCACCUCCUCCCUGCUGUCCGGCCAGGGGGUGGCCGGCAGCGGGGCCGGCGGCCCGGCCGGACCCGGCAUCCAGUCGCCCACCACCUCGGCCACCGGCGCCGGGGCCCUGGUCACGGGAAGCCUGGCGGCCGGGAUCCUGGAGGAGGCCAGUGGGGCGGCCGGGCCGGCGGGCCCGAGCGGCGCCCCCGGCGGCCCGGCCGCCACCUCGGCCCCCGGCAUGCCGUUCGGCCCCGGGCAGAGCUUCCAACUGGGCACCUCGGAGCCGGGCACAUAUGCGGCUCAUUGGCGGCGGCUGCAUGCGGCCGGUGGGGCCUGGCGGCCGUGCGGCCGUGGCGGCCAUCAAAUGGUCCUGGACCCGGUGACCGACAGCAUCUUCCUGCAUGGCGGCUGGAGUGGCACCCGGGAUCUGUCGGACUUUUGGCAGUAUCACAUCGCGCGCGAUGCGUGGGUAUGCCUGAGCCCGGACACCGGGCGUGAUGGCGGCCCCACGGCGCGGUCCUGCCACACGAUGGCCAUCGACUCGGCCCGCGGGCGCAUCUUCUUCCUCGGGGGGUAUAUCGACUGUGACAGCCUGGAAAUGUCCCAGUCCAGCCUCUUCCCCCUGUCGGGCCAGGCAUCGGUCACGGAUUUGGCCGCCGGCCUGGGAGAUCGCGUGCGCGUGCCAGGUCGCGCCUUCGCCCACGGCCCCGGGGCCGCGGGCCCGGAGCACCCGGAACACCUGGACGCUGACUCGUCUUCCGGAUCGCUGCUGUCGGCCCGGUCGUCCUCCUCGUCGGGGCUGUUCGGGGUGCCGGGCUCCGGCGUGACCGGCAUGCCCGGCAAUUCGGCGGCCACCGGCAGCCCUGUGGCCACCGCGCCGCCCGGGCACUCGCCCCAGUCCGGCUUCAGUCUGGCCGCCGGGGCCGAGGCGCCUGGCCAGGGGGGGCUUGGCGGGUCGGGCAUCCGGCCGACGGGCCAAUCGGCUCCCGGGGCCGUGUCCUCCUCCUCCUCCUCGAUGUCCUCCAUUCGGGCCAUCUACGGCUCGAGCCGGUCCAAUAUUUCCCUGUCCGGCAUGAGUGCCGGCAGCCAGACUUCCGCUUCAUCGGGCUCGACCACCGGCGGCGGGUCGCUGUCGGCGUCGGUGGGCGCUCCCGGGCCCGAGCCCAUGCAGGCGGCCCAUGCGACCGGCCGCGCUCCCGGGCCGAUGAUCGACGAGGAGAUGGCCGACAUCGGCAUCGACCUGGACCCGGGCAAUCCCUUCCGCAACCAGCUGUUCAUGUAUGAGAUUGCCACCCGGCGCUGGUCCAUUCUCAGCAUGGACACCGCGCUGGAGGGCGGCCCGCAGCUCAUCCACGAUCACCAGAUGUUCUACAACCCCAACACCGAGGAGAUCAUUGUCUUCGGCGGUCGGGUGUUCUGCCCGCCGGAGGACUUCGUGCUGCCCGUCCGGGGCCCGGUGGCGGGGGCCGAGCCGACGGCCGACGGCGCCCCCGGCGCCGGGGGGGCCGCAUCGGGCGCCACCAAUUGGACCCCGAGAAUGGGCUUCAACAUGACCACCAUGCCGGCCCAGGGGGGCUCCAUUGUGGCAGGCUCCCCGGGUGCGAGUACGGCGGCGGCGGCGUCUGGCAGCAAUCCCGCCAGCUCCAGCCCCGAGUCCAGUGCCUCGUCCUCGUCGGCGGCAUCCGGCCGGUCGGGCUCCUCGGGGCCCUCCUCCGGGGCGAGCAGCCCGGCCGGCGGGGCGCCGGGGCCGAGUGGCAUGGGCAACGCGCCGCGUGGCCGGGCACCGACCGGCAUGCACUCGGCCGCCACCGGCGGCGGCCCGGGCAAUCCGGCGGACCCGCCGUCCGACUUCUCCGGGCUCUAUGCUUUCUGCCUGAGGCAGAAUCCCUGGCGCAACAUUCGCCCGGACACGCCGUUCCAGCCGCCGGAGCAGGUGCGCCUGACAUCGCGCUUUGGCCACAGUGUGGCCUUCGACCCGGAGUCCAAUGUCCUGCUGGUGCUCGGCGGCCAGCGCGGCCGGAAGAUGUUCAACGACAUCACCAUCUACGAUCUGGCCACCGACACGGUGCUGUGGAAUGAGAGCGACUGCAUCUCGGUCCACGGGCCGCCGGCGGGCUUCACCCAGCGCGUGGCCUUCGACGCCGAGGCCGGGGUGCUGCUGGUGACGCAUGGCCUGGUGCGCGAGGUGUGCGACCGUGCCACGGUCACCGUGUCGUCCAGCGUGUGGGCCUUCGACAUCCGGUCGCGAACAUGGUCGCGCGUGGUGCAGAGCCCGGCCGGGGGCCUGGCCGCCUUGGACGAUGGCCUCGGCAGUCCGGACGCCGGGACCCACCCCGGUGCCACCGCCACGGCCGCCGCCGCCGCCGCCGCCGCCACCGCCGCCACCGCCGCCGCCACCACGACCACCGCGAAUCCCCACGCCUGGGCCGGGAGCGAGAUCCCGAGCGCGCGCUUUGCACAUGCCCUGGUUUUCGACCAGAACCGCGGGAAGUACUUCCUCUUCGGGGGCAACCCCGGGGAAAUGUCUCACGGAGCCAGUGUCAGUGCCAGCCCCAGCAUGUCGCCCCUGUCCGGUCUCGGGUCGCCGAUCUCCGGCACCGGGGCCGGCCUGGCGGCGGACAUGCGUCGGAGCGCCGCCGGGGCCACCUCCGGCUCGACGCGCGGGGCCCCGGGCCCGGGCCAGGCCGCCAUGAAUGCCACCUCGCCAGGGUCCAGCGCCCUGGCCGGGCGCAUGGUGGACUACAGCUCGGCCAGCUCCAAGCGCAUGGACGACCUGUGGGAGCUGCGCCUGGACUGCCCGUGGCGCCUGCGCCAGGAGUCCGUCGAGACGUCCCUCCGCCAGGCCCGGUUCAUGCUCCGGCGCGAGCGCUUCGUGGAGAUGUGCUCCUGGUCGGCGCUCAAACGCGAGUCCCAUGUUCACAUGUGCUUCCCCGAUGACAACCCCCUCGAGGCGCUGGCCUUCCUGCAGAAUGACAUCCGCAACACCGUGGCCGCGCACUCGCUCCUCGAGGACAAUGCCUUCCGCAGCCUGCCUUCAUUGCUCUUCUCCUCCCUCUCGGAUAUCCUGUCCUCCUCGACGGCGGCGCCGCUGUUGGACCGGGAUGCCGCGGCAGGCGCCCUGGAAACGGCCUCCUCGUUGUCGAUGGCCGCCGGUGCCAAGUCCCUCUCGGGGCUGGUGGCCAGCGGGCCGGCUGGCGGCGGCCCGGCAGCCGGCAGCCCGGCCCCGACAUCCGCCGGCAUGGCUGGGCCUUCGGCCGUCGGCGGCCCGACCUCCUCGGGCUGGCCAAUGCCGGCACCAGGGGCCGAGGGCUUCGGCGCCGGUACCACCGGUGGGGCCCCGGGCGCGGCUUUCCCCGAGGCCGGCCUCCAUGCGGCCGCGCGCAACCUCUACUCGGCCCCCUCGGCGCGCAGCUUCGACGUCUUUGACCGGCUCGGGAACAGUGGCACUGCCGGGCCCUUUGGCCAGCCGGCUCCGGGCCCGGAGGCCGGGCCCUUCCGGGCGGGCCGGCCGGCGGCCAGCCAGCCCCCAGCCGCCCCGGCAGGGACCCCGGCCACCGGCAGCACCUCCGCCGGCCAGGCUGCCAUGGACACGGUGUUCCCCAGCCGGGACUUCAGCCUCACAUACCCGCAGUUCAACUCCAGCCUGCCACAUGACUUUGGCACGAUCGCCGUGACGGCGGCCGCCGCCGCGGCCGAGGCCAUUCGCGAAUACCGGCGCAUCAUGGCCGAGCAGUCGCUCGCCACUGGACCCGGGGCGGCCAAGGCGGCCGGGCACCGGCCGUCGCCCCCGAUGGUGGCCCUGCCGGCCGACGCGUCGACCGACAUCUGCUCGUCCGGCGGCAGCACCGGGUCGACCGGCGGCCCCAACGACCCGGCCGGCGGCUCGGCGAUGUCCGGCGUCGCGUCGUCGCAGUCGCUGACGGCCUCGGACGAGGGCCCGAGCUCGUGCCCGGAAUCCUCCGGCUCCUUCGAGGGGAAUGCCCACUUCGGGGCCUUCUCGGGGGGCCAGCGCGCCGGCGCCGGCGCCGGCGCCGGCGCUCGGGCAAGCAAGGGAGACACCACCUCGCCGCCCAGCUCCGGGUCCAUGGGCCCGGCGGCGGACCCCCAGGCAUCGCCCCUGUCGCCCACCUGGAGCAGCGCCCCCUCCUUCGUGGAGAUGGUGGCCGAGCGCCCGCUGGCCAGUUCCCCGUCGUCGGGCGUGCGCUUGCCCCUGCCGCCGACGGGGCAGUUCCAAGCCAGUGCCCUGGCCGGCAAGGCCGGCACCACCAGCUCGCCCCUUCGGGCCUUGCCACCCUCCCUGUCGGCGGCGCUGUACCUUCGCCGGAGGCAGAUGUUCAGCUCCUUGUGCAUCGCGCUCUUCCCCCCGAGCGCCCGGCAGCCCGACAUCGACCUGGUGGACCUCGUUCAGCUGGAGCCCAAGCGCACGGCAUGA